AUGCGGCUGGCCCCGGCUUUCCUUCCUGCGGCGCCCGCGCUGCACACGCUGCCAACUGUUUCAGCCCGAGUUGAGCGAGCUGAACUCCCAAGACAGACGUCAGCCAAGGACAAUAUCGCAUUUGCUGCUGCAGCUGUUGGUGUCGCGGCCGCGCUGCUGAAGAACUCACCCAAGCGCCGCAGCAUCCAUGCAUCGUCGUUGACAGGGGCAACACUGUGCACGCCAAGCCCGGAAAGCGGAAGAGUGGCCAGGCGCAGCCUCUACAGCUGCUAUACCCUCUACUUUCGCCGCUGGCGUUACUACGAAGACCGGGCCCGGCGCAAUCUGCGAAACCGGGCAUACAACAUUUUCAUGAAGAACCGGUACAAGAAGGCAAUGAAGAAGGUCCUGCGAUACGUGGUUGAGUUGGAAUAUGGAGACAAGCAGCCUGCGAGUCACCAGGAGGUAAUGGACGAAGUGAAGGACAUACUUGAUGAAGCGUGCCUCUUGGCCGAGACUUCAGACUUGCAUCGGUUCCGUUUGUGA